AUUAACUAGUCUAAUUGGGGGUGGAAAAUACAAAAGGGACUACGGGGAACGUUAGUGGAAACGUCAAACGGGGUAGGAUGGACGAUUGCAUGACAGACUGGAAAAUUCGACGCGAAAAGGGGGUUGCUGGGCGACCUACGCGCACUUGAGCAGUGCAGACGGCUGACAGAAGUCGGGCAAGAAUGGAGUAAUACAGACGAGCUAACGAACUAAGGAGCGAGUGAGCGCCGAGUCGAUAAGUGUUCGUGCAAGAAUAAUAUCAAAUGAAAAUAGUAAAUUCAUUGAAAAUGUUACAUUUAGUUAUACAGUAAGUCUUUCGUUUAGUUGAAGUUGAAAAACAAAAGUUCAGUUUCGCGUUUCCAGUACUUCAUUCUAAUGAAAAUAUAUACAAAUGUGCAUAAAUAAAAAAAUCCAAUAAGUUAAAAGCACUGAAAAAUUGAGUCAAACGUAAAAAUCAACCCCAGAAGUUAAGAAAAAUUCACCACCACAAAUUCGACAAAAAAAUCAACACAUCCCAGGCUCACCUAAAGUUUACACCGACUGCACUACCACCAUCACCAGCAAUCAACUCCGCAGACAGUACAAAAAUUCAAGAAAACCUUAUGUCUGCAGUAACAACAGCAGAGUGCAAUCAGUUCUCAGCGCUGUGGGCUGAAAAUUAUUCAGUCAGAAAUUUCGUUAUUCAAAAAAUUGAUUCUCCACAUCGCCACCUCAACAGCUUCUAAGUCGGGUUCGCGUUCUAGUCCGCACGCAAACUUCAAUCAUAUAUGAUUAUCGUUUUGUUAUUAUUGUUUCAAUCACUAUGUCUAUACUGUCAACGUCUUGUCCUGUAUAUACACGAUCGAUGGAUCAAUCCAAAGAAUUCACGUCUACUUAAGGAAGCCGCUGAGACGUCCUCAGCUGCGACACGCAAGCUACUGCUAGAGCAAUACCAUACUGGAUGCUUAGAGACCAACAAACAGCCACGCAAACGAAACAAUCUAUCCACAUGUAGUGGUGAGCCAGAUGGUGCUGGAGGCAUUUUAGCUGAGGCUUGUCGUUUUUGCGCUAACAGUCCGCAGGGUUAUUGUUGUCAUCAUUUUCAUCUGCAAAAAUUGGAAAUACAGAAGGCACACAAGAAACAGAUACAGCAAUCUAGUGGCUACCUAUCGAUAGAGAAUCGACCACGCUUCUGGCAGCCACUCUGCGGCGGCAGCACUUCGACGACGUUGGAGGAAACAUGGGCGCAACGACGACAGCAGCGUAAAGUAAGUCGUGAAUUAAGGCAAAAUUUGAAAAAUCGAUUGACUGCCACCACUUCACGACAACAUCAAACACUACAACAACAAGAGCAGCAGCAAAACUCAAUGCAAAAACAAUAUCAGCUUCAAAGGCAGUAUUUGAGGCGACAGCAAUAUGAGGAGUUCAUGAGGGCAAGAAACGCCGGCAACAAUAGUAGCAGUAGUAGUUCCAGUAGUGGCAGUCCAUUGUGGGAUACGUCCACUUCAAAUUCAUCUAGCGGCUACCAAUCACCCUUCGCUUCUGUGUACAAUGUAAAUGGUUCGCUCUCUGAUAUCGAUACUACGGACUCUGGUCUAGCGACCUCUAUAGAAAGUGUUGCAUAUUAUGGUGUUGAGGAACCGGUAUCUGUCGAAGAAUUGUCCCCAAGUUUAGCUGUAGAACUAGAACUAGCAACAGCAAAGACAUCCACAAUAACAACAACCUACCUUUAAAUGACAUAACAAAACAAAAAAAAAACAUAAAAUACGGUGUAGUAUCUAGUUAAACAAUACAUAUUAGCAGUUAACCGGCAACAAGCGAACAGAGGGAAUUGAAAAUAUCGACAACCAAGAAGACGCAACAACACAAAAGGGUUCUCAAACAAAGGACUUGUACCGAGUGGGUCAAACGUGUGCAGGCGAACGAAGCAAAGUGCUUUUGCAGGUGUGUAGAAUACGAAACAACCGGAAGUGACCUUCUUUUCGUCAGACAACAGUGACUAGACUACUUAAAUGUCAAAAAAACAAAAACGCAUUCCGCUUGCAGGGUUCUUGAUUUCGAGAAUCUAAACUGUCAAGUAGUGACCUUAGUAGUAACAGUAGAACACUACAAAAGUGCUACGUGGCACUGAAAUCGAUUGUUCUUAAAUUCAACAAUUUAAUCACAAUCAUCUUGACGUACAUACAUAAGUUGUAACGUAAGAGAAAAAAAAUGUCCUCGGAUGACGACAAUAAUUCGUUAAACUCAUCAGCCCAAUUGGACGCAAGGAUUAACGAACCGUUAAGUGGCACAUCAACACCGACGCUGAUUUCGUCGGCGGCCAACACAAAUGCGGGUAAUGCAAGUGCUAGUGGCGGAAGUGGAAGUUCUUCUCAAUUGGUGAGACGUAAGAAAGUCAUGCCGCUGGAGCAUGGCUGCGAGGACAAUUGGACGUGGAGUAAACGGCAUCGUUCGAAGGAAAUAGUACUGAGUGGUCUCAAUAAUCGCACAGUUCAUUUUCACCCGAAUUGGAGUAAAGGAACGGCGGGUGUACAGGGCAAGCGUCCGCUGAAUAAUGGCCGCUUCUAUUGGGAAUUACAUGUAUCACAGCGUGUCUUCGGAACUAGUAUUAUGUUUGGUAUCGGCACAAAACAAGCACGACUUCACGCCAACUCCUUUCGCAAUAUGCUCGGUGAAAAUGAACAUGGCUGGGGUCUAUCGCACAAGGGUGUGCUGUGGCACAAAGGUGUAGCGCUAUUGUACACUAAACGUUUCAAAGAAAAUCAUCCCACAGUUAUAGGCGUGCUCUUUGAUGGCAUCGAGGGUACGCUCAGCUAUUACAAAGAUGGCAAAUGUUUGGGAGUAGCUUUUAGAGGUUUAGAUAAGAUCAAGGAACCGCUAUAUCCGAUUGUCUGUUCGACUGCUGCGAAAACUGAAAUGACUCUCAAAUGUACGCGACGGGAUUUUGUAAAUCUUCAAGAUCGUUGUCGCGCCGAAAUUAUUAAGCACGUCAAAACGAGAGAGGAUUUGGUGAAAUUGAAAUUGCCGCCACUCAUCACACAAUAUUUGAGCGAAGUGGUGAACGAUAUGGCACCACUGCGCCAAGUCGACAACUACGACAUUUUAUGCGAUUUUUAAAUUAUAGCAACUGACACCGCGUAAGUGGGAUUUGGAAUAAUAUAAUACUAUACGGGCGGUGGUACUAACAUGUGUGUGUGAAUUUGUGUGUGUGUGUGUAUUUACAAAUUAAAUAUUGUAACUAUAGUUUAUAAUUAUACCUAUGUACGUCGUUUUUUUGCUAGAACAUUUGAAAGAAUUUUUAAAACUGCUUCAAAUAAGUCUUAUUAGAAUAUGAGCAAUCGGCAAUAUUAUUACGUAUAAAAUAUAUGAGAACAGGCUGCAGUCACACUAACACGAUAUAUAAUGAUAGAAUAUCGCACAGGGAGUAAGAUCAUUGGCAAAAAUUUCAAAUUCACAUACAAGUGAAAGACAAAGUUACGAAGACCAGCGGUAGUUUAAGAGAACGCAACCUGGUACACCAUCAUCUCAUUCGAGAGCAUUUUCUUGUUAGUAGCAUCUCCAGCCUUGUAACGUUUAGCUACUUGUACGGCUCGGACUACCUAAUUGGUUAGCGAUAAAACGGCGUUUAUUAUCACUUUUCUACUUUGAAGCACAAAGCUCAACGAAGAAAAGCGUAAAUAAAUUGUCAGUGCAUAAUUUAAGGCGCAUUCAGUAAUUUUUCUAAAUUGUUAAAAUUAUUUUAAUGAUUAAAAUUUGAGUUUGACUUUGAUUUUAAUUAAUUUCUAAAGCGAAAUAUUGUUUGAAAAACUGAAGAAUAAGAACUUUUCACAAAUAUAAUAUAAAUCUUAGUGCAUAAUUUUAUAAUCCGUGAAGUUCGUCGUGCCAUACUAAGCUCACGCAUACUCGUACAUAGCAAGAUAUAUACAAUUACGAGUAUUUCUUAUAUACUUGUAUAGGCAAAUCUGUAAUUUCAGUUGUUUCGAGUAUAUGGUAAAUUCGAUACUGAAACACACACAUACAAAUGAGCAGGGAAAUGUCGAGUAAACUUGUUUAUUAAAGAUUGUGUAUUGUAAAGUCUACAAAUUGUAUACAAACGUGGGCAUGUACAUAUAUUUGAAGCUUAUAAAUAAAAGCUAGUCACUAUAAAUAAAUAUUAGGUGUAAACAAAAACAAUAAUUAGGCUUGCAUUUAUUAAAAAAAACUUAGGAAAACUUGAGUGCAAACGAAAGAAAUUGGCACGAAGGAAAGAAUGACUCAUAAGCGUUUGACGAAAAAAAAAACAUAUUUCAAAUUAAUCAAAAAAAAUAUAUGCAUAGGUAUAUAGUAAAAUUUAAUCUAUAAAAGAUAUAAUUUUUUAUAUUUAAUAUGUAUACAUACAUAUAUUAUAUAUAUGUUUUUUUAUAUUUUAUAUAUACAAAUAUAUUAUUUUAUAUUUUAUAUAUACAAAUAUAUUAUUUUAUAUUUUAUAUAUGUAUAUCUUAAUCACUUAAGAAUGUUCUAAGUUGAAUUAUUCAAUCAUUUCCAUUGCUUUUAGUAGGUAUUAUUAUUCUAAUAAUUUCUUCUUUUUUUUAUUUCAUUUUUGUUUUUUUUUAGAUUGGUUAUAAUAAAAUUUGGAAUCGAUUUCCGACAAAAAAUAUAUAUUUAUACCCUGGGUAUAUUAAGUUUUCCACGAAGUUUGUAACACACAGAAGAAAACUUUGGAGACUAUUAAAUAUAUAUUAUAUAUGGAUAAGUGAUCAGCCUGACGAGUUGUGUCGAUUUAUGCAUGUCCGUCUGUAUAUACUGUAUAUACGCGAGCUAGUUCCUCAGUUUUUGAGAUAUCGAUCUGAAAUUUUGCACACGUUUUCUUCUCAAGAAACUGCUCAUGUGUCGGACCCCUUAUAUCGUACCCCUAUAGCAUAGAGCUGCCAUACAAACUGAACGAUCAAGGCCAAAACUUUUGAUUUUAACAAGGUAUCUCCACGAAAUUUGCAAUGAAUUAUUGCCCAAGGCAACAGUACAAUCUCCAAAAAUAGUUUUAGAUCAGAUCACUAUAACAUAUAGCCGUCAUACAAACUGGCCGAUCAAAAUCAAAUUCUUGUAUGGAAACUUUUUUAUUGGUGAAGGCCAUUACAGCUUCGGUGCAACCGAAGUUAACGUUUUUUCUGGUUUUACUAGAAAUUGAUAUUUGCAAAUUAAUGUGAAAGCAUAUCGAUUACUUUCUUAUAGCUGACGUUUGUAUGCUUGUUCCAUAUAAAUAAACUUAAAUUAAUUAAUUCAAAAAUACAAAGGCCUAUUCGGUGCAAUAUUGUGAUAACUUGUAAGAUCGUAUUAAUAUAUAUUUGCAUUGCGAUUAAUAAAGUUUUAAUGUUUACAAAGUGUGUAUGGAUAUUUAAAGCUAAAAUAAAUUAUGUUUAAGUAAAUAAAUAUAGAACACUUUACCCUGUCCUUUCUUUGUGAUCAGUUUGCUUUACAAACGAAAAUUUCAUUUCUUAUGGAAUAUCUCUGUUACAAAGUUGCUUUUUAAUUCGUUCGUUUUCAGUUCAAAUCUUUUUCCGCACAUCUAAAUAUAAAGUUAGAACGUUUUGCAAAUGUGCAAGGCUUUAAUGUUGAAAAAUGUAAAUUACCGGAAGUAGAAUGGGUGAAUUCUAGUCACGAAAAUUGUUGCACUGCUUGCGCAAAAAUAAAAACGCCAUCGGCAGUCAGCAAUUUUAGAAAAUAGUUGUAAUUAGUUAAGUUAUUUGUUCAAAUGUGAAAAAUAUUCAAAAACACGCAUUAUAAAGCUAUUAAUGUCUAAUAAAGAACAAUAUGUGUGUCUAAAUAA